AUCCUUAUUUUGUUAUGUGAAGCACUGGUACUUUCAAUCGCAAUUAUCCAUUUCUAUAGCAAUGGCAUAGUAGAGGGAAGAAGCAUAACUAAAGAGGAAUAUUUGCAAAUGAAGGAGCACCUAAAGUUUCUCAAUAGACCAGCAGUUAAGACCAUUCAGACUGCAUAUGGGGACAUUUUUGAUUGUGUUGGUAUAUACAAGCAACCUGCCUUGGAUCAUCCUUUACUCAAGAAUCAUACAAUCCAGAUGAGACCCAGCACUUAUCCAAAAGGGCUUAAAUUCAAAGGGGCUUCUUCAUCUAAAGCUGUAAACAUAGCACUAAAAAAUGGAGGUUGUCCACUUGGAACGGUUCCUAUUCGAAGAACUCAAAUGAAAGAAAUAGUUAGAGCUACUUCACUUUCAAAACUUGGGAAAAAGAUCGGUACUGAUUUGCAUUAUUAUGGAUUUGCUCAAAUGAAAGAUGCUCAAUAUUACGGAACUCAGGCGUCCUUGAAUGUAUGGAAUCCAAAUGUAGGUGGCAACUCGAUAAAAUUUACCCUUUCUCAGAUAUGGAUUGUCGCAGGUCCACAUAGUACCCCAAUUGACACCAUAGAAGCUGGAUGGAUGGUUUACCAUCAUCUUUUUGGUGAUUUUCGUACCAGACUAUUUACAUUCUGGACAGCGGACAACUAUGGUCAAACAGGUUGCUACAAUUUGGCAUGUCCAGGUUUUGUGCUAGUGAGCCAAGAGAUAGGUUUAGGUAUGGUUCUUGAUCCUGUAUCUGUAUAUAAUGGAAGCCAAACUGAAAUAAUUCUCGCCCUGUAUCAGGACAUGAAAACUGGAAAUUGGUGGCUAGCAUUGGGAUCAACUGAUAAGAUGAUUGGUUACUGGCCCCAUAAUCUUUUCAAGUUCUUAAAUAUCAAUGCAGCCAAGGUAGCUUGGGGAGGUGAAGUUUUUGGCGAUGCACCACAUCCUGAAAUGGGUAGUGCCCAUUUUCCUGAAGAAGGUUUCCAUCUGGAACCUUUCUCUUAUUUGGUGGGCCUGGUGGUAAUUGCUGAGCCCAUUGUUCAUGCAAUGGCAGCAAAUUUAAGGCCAUUUUUGGAAGGUUUAAUGGCAGUUUUUGGUGAAGCACUCUUCACGGGAAAUGAAGUUCAUCAUGUCGCGGUUCUAACGCAACUUGUUUCGACGGAACUGGACUCUUGGGGAAGAUCUCGGCAGCAACAAAUUGGCACCCACUAUGGGGCAUUGACUGGAAGAAGGACAAAACUUCAAUCAAAUAUUGCUGAUCCUGCCUCAAUGACGGCCAAUCUAACACUUAAUGCUCUACCAUCAGCCAACUCCCCCAAUCAUGGAUCAUCAUCAACAAUGGAAGGCACUAAGUCUUCCACACCCGAGACUCAUAAUCGUCUCACUUCUGUGAUUUUCAAUGGUCAAAAUUUCCUUCCAUGGGCUCGUGCGAUUACGAUCGCGCUUGGAGGACGAUCAAAGCUUGGAUAUAUUAAUGGCACAAUCAAGCCUCCAGAUCUGAAAGAUACCAAAUUCGCUGAAUAG